GGGGAGAGUCUUGACUUGGCAAUAGGAAAGGAAAGCAAUCAAUCAAAGUGUUGGAUUCUUGGGGCAGCAAAGGCAUUUGAGCUGCGCGACGGUGAAUGACAUCGUGAGAAGAAAAGGAAGAAGAAGGCGAUGUUGGGGGAGGCGGAGGCGAGAAUGUGGAGGACGGACGAGGAGUGCACGAUGAGGAGCAGCAGCGGGGCCUCGCCGAUGAGUCCGUACUGCUACGAGCAGGGGAGGCUGAGCGGAGAAAGCUCGCCGAUGAUGAUGUCACCAUGGAACCAAACAACGAAUUCACCCUUCGCCAAGCCUCACUGGUCCUGCCACCAGCAAGACGAGGACAUCCCUCCCAACGCCCUCAUAGGGUCUCUGGUGCGGGAGGAGGGACACAUCUACUCCCUCGCCGCCUCCGGUGACCUCUUGUACACAGGCUCCGACAGCAAGAACAUUCGCGUCUGGAAGAAUCUUCACGAGUACUGCGGCUUCAAGUCCAACAGCGGUUUGGUCAAAACCAUCAUUCUCUCUGCCCACAAAAUCUUCACCGGUCACCAAGACGGCAAAAUCCGCGUCUGGAAGGUUUCCCCCAAGAACCCUAGCGUCCACAAACGCGCUGGCACUUUGCCCACUCUCAAGGAUAUCUUCAAGAGUUCUAUUAAGCCCAGCAACUACGUCGAGGUUCGGCGACACAAAACGGCAUUAUGGAUAAAGCAUUCGGACGCCGUUUCGUGCUUGAGUCUCUCGGACGAUAAAACGUAUCUGUAUUCGGCGUCGUGGGACAGGACGAUAAAGGUGUGGAGGAUAUCGGACUCCAAGUGCCAGGAGUCGAUCCACGCGCACGACGACGCGGUGAACGCGGUGGUGUGCGGCAGCGAGGCGACCAUGUUCUCCGGCUCGGCGGACGGGACGGUGAAGGUGUGGCGGAGGGAGCCGCGGGGGAAGGGGCUGAAGCACGCGCCGGUGAGGACGCUCCUGAAGCAGGAGUGCGCGGUGACGGCGCUGGCGGUGGACGCGACGGGCACCAUGGUGUACUGCGGCGCCUCCGACGGCCUGGUGAACUUCUGGGAGCGCGAGAAGAACUACGCCCACGGCGGCGUCCUGAAGGGCCACAAGCUGGCCGUGCUGUGCCUGACGGCGGCGGGGGCGCUAGUGUUCAGCGGGUCCGCCGACAAGACGAUAUGCGUGUGGAAGAGGGAGGGCGUGAUCCACACGUGCGUGUCGGUGCUGACGGGGCACGACGGCCCCGUGAAGUGCCUGGCCGUGGAGGAGGACCGCGAAGCCACCGCGAGAGGCGACCGGCGAUGGAUUGUGUACAGUGGAAGUUUGGAUAAGUCGGUUAAGGUGUGGAGCGUUUCGGAAACGAUGAACAAUAGCAACCAAAAUAAUAAUCUGGUGCUGCACCACCGCGUGGCUUCCGAUGCGGACUCGUUGCCUUCCGAAUCCGAUAGUAGUUUCUCUUCGGGCCGGCCCAACUGGAAGAACUGAAGGCCCAUUCCGCGGGAUCAUGGUUGUUUCUUUUUGUUUGUGCUCGUUGACUUUGAUUGAUUGAUUGAUUGAUUAUGAUGAUGAAUCGAUUCUGCAAGAUUGGGACAGCCAUGCAUGGUCCAAUUAAUAUCUUUAUAUUUAUAUAUAUUCAUUAUUUGUGUAAUGUAAUGUUGAUAUAUAAUUUGUGUAAGAAUGAAGGCCUUUCUUUGAUUGAGGUUGUUAUACGGUUUCUGUUGUUCAGGCCUGGGUUUCAGAAUCAUAAGGGCUGUUUGAUGGAUUCUGGUUUUCUUCAAUUGAAAAUUGGGUUUUGAGAAUGCAAACAAUUGUGAUUCAUUAAUAUUAUUAUUACCUCUCUUUCA